CGGGGCGCGGGCGCCUACGGUUGGCGCGCGGUAGCGAUGCCGGGGGCUGGAGGCCGGGCGGAGGAGGGCGGCGGCGGCGAGGGCGGCGGCGGCGAGGGCGGCGGCGGCGAGGGCGCGGCGCAGGGGGCGGCCGCGGAGCCCGGGGCGGGUUCCUCGCGGGAGCCAGCGCGGCUGUGCGGCUAUCUGCAGAAGCUGUCGGGCAAGGGCCCGCUGCGCGGCUACCGCAGCCGCUGGUUCGUGUUCGACGCGCGCCGCUGCUACCUCUACUAUUUCAAGAGUCCGCAAGACGCGCUGCCCCUCGGCCACUUGGACAUCGCGGACGCCUGCUUCAGCUACCAGGGCCCCGACGAGGCGGCGGAGCCGGGCGCGGAGCCACCCGCGCACUUCCAGGUGCACAGCGCGGGAGCCGUCACAGUGCUCAAGGCUCCCAAUCGUCAACUCAUGACUUACUGGUUACAGGAGCUUCAGCAGAAGAGAUGGGAAUAUUGUAACAGUCUGGACAUGGUCAAGUGGGACAGCAGGACCUCUCCAACUCCUGGGGAUUUUCCUAAGGGUCUUGUAGCCAGAGAUAACACCGAUUUAAUUUGCCCACACCCAAAUGCUUCUGCAGAAAAAGCCAGAAAUGUCCUAGCUGUGGAGACUGUGCCUGGAGAGCUGGUGGGAGAACAAGCUGCAAAUCAGCCUGCCCCAGGGCAUCCAAAUUCUAUUAAUUUUUACUCUUUGAAACAGUGGGGCAAUGAGCUCAAGAAUUCGAUGUCUUCUUUCCGUCCUGGAAGAGGACAUAAUGAUAGUCGGAGGACUGUGUUUUAUACCAAUGAAGAGUGGGAACUUUUAGACCCAACCCCUAAGGACCUAGAGGAGUCCAUAGUACAGGAAGAAAAGAAGAAGCUGACCCCUGAAGGAAACAAAGUAACUGGCUCAGGAUUCCCCUUUGAUUUUGGACGUAACCCCUACAAAGGAAAGCGCCCUUUGAAAGACAUAAUUGGGUCGUACAAAAAUCGUCACAGCAGUGGUGAUCCUUCAGGUGAAGGCACAUCAGGCAGUGGCAGCGUCAGCAUAAGGAAGCCGGUCUCCGAAAUGCAACUGCAGGUCCAGAGCCAGCAGGAAGAGCUGGAACAGUUAAAGAAAGACCUAUCCAGUCAGAAGGAGCUUGUUCGACUGCUCCAGCAGACAGUCCGGUCAUCCCAGUAUGACAAGUAUUUCACAAGCAGCCGGCUCUGUGAGGGGGUCCCAAAGGACACGCUCGAGCUUCUGCACCAAAAGGAUGAUCAGAUUCUGGGCCUUACCAGCCAGCUCGAGAGGUUCAACUUGGAGAAGGAGAGUCUUCAGCAGGAAGUGAGGACGCUGAAGAGCAAAGUGGGCGAGCUCAACGAGCAGCUGGGGAUGCUCAUGGAGACCAUCCAGGCCAAGGACGAGGUCAUCAUCAAGCUCAGUGAGGGCGAGGGCAACGGGCCUCCUCCCACCGUGGCGCCCGUCUCCCCUUCGGCUGCGCCUGUUGCCAGGGACCAGCUGGAACUGGACAGGCUGAAAGAUAAUCUACAGGGGUACAAAACCCAAAACAAAUUUCUAAAUAAGGAGAUUUUGGAACUCUCGGCUCUACGAAGAAAUGCAGAAAGGAGAGAGAGGGAUCUGAUGGCAAAGUAUUCUAGCCUGGAAGCCAAGCUCUGCCAGAUAGAAAGUAAAUACCUGAUAUUGCUCCAAGAAAUGAAGACACCAGUGUGCUCAGAAGACCAGGGGCCCACCCGGGAGGUCAUAGCCCAGUUGCUGGAGGAUGCUCUGCAGGUUGAGAGCCAAGAGCAGCCAGAGCAAGCAUUUGUUAAACCUCAUCUUGUCAGUGAAUAUGAUAUUUAUGGGUUCAGGACUGUACCUGAGGAUGAUGAGGAAGAGAAGUUGGUUGCCAAGGUCCGCGCGUUGGAUCUGAAGACUCUCUACCUCACAGAAAACCAGGAAGUCUCCACUGGGGUCAAGUGGGAAAACUAUUUUGCAAGUACAGUGAACAGGGAGAUGAUGUGCUCUCCAGAGUUAAAAAACCUCAUCCGUGCGGGCAUUCCCCACGAGCACCGUUCCAAGGUGUGGAAGUGGUGUGUGGACCGUCACACCAGGAAGUUCAAGGACAACACUGAGCCUGGCCACUUCCAGACCUUGCUGCAGAAGGCGCUAGAGAAACAGAACCCGGCCUCCAAGCAGAUUGAGCUGGACUUGCUGCGAACUCUGCCCAACAACAAACAUUACUCCUGCCCCACCUCAGAAGGCAUACAGAAGUUACGCAAUGUCCUCCUCGCCUUCUCCUGGCGGAAUCCAGAUAUCGGCUACUGUCAAGGCCUAAACAGGUUGGUGGCAGUGGCCCUCCUGUACCUGGAACAAGAAGAUGCUUUCUGGUGUCUCGUUACCAUAGUGGAAGUUUUCAUGCCUCGAGACUAUUAUACAAAGACUCUCUUAGGAUCCCAGGUGGACCAGCGGGUGUUCAGAGACCUUAUGAGUGAGAAGCUGCCUCGGUUGCAUGGCCACUUUGAACAGUACAAAGUCGACUACACCCUCAUCACUUUCAACUGGUUUCUGGUGGUGUUUGUGGAUAGUGUCGUUAGUGACAUCCUCUUUAAAAUAUGGGACUCUUUCCUUUAUGAAGGACCAAAGGUUAUUUUCCGUUUUGCUCUGGCACUUUUUAAGUACAAGGAAGAGGAGAUUUUGAAAUUGCAAGAUUCGAUGUCUAUAUUUAAGUAUCUCCGCUACUUCACUCGCACUAUCCUUGAUGCUAGGAAGCUGAUCAGUAUCUCCUUUGGGGACCUGAACCCUUUCCCCCUACGCCAGAUCCGGAACCGACGCGCCUACCACUUGGAGAAGGUCCGGCUGGAGCUGACCGAGCUGGAGGCCAUCCGUGAGGACUUCCUGCGUGAGCGGGACACCAGCCCUGACAAGGGUGAGCUGGUCAGUGACGAGGAGGAGGAGGAUACCUGAGUGGGCUCCGGGACGCUGCUCUUCUUGCCUUCACAACCAAAGUGUGCCCAAAGGGCGAAAACACGCUCAAAAGCCAGAAUGUAACAUGUGUGGCCUCUGGGGAUCUGCUGGGCAGAUGUCCCAAGCCAGGCUGCACUUCCUCAUUUCCCACUGUGCGGGGCAGGGGUGGGAGGUCUAAUCUGUUUACAGCCAUUUCUGUGCCAUGCUUUCGGUUACAUGUAUCUCAGUCACGCUUUCUGCCUGAUUGGUGGAUCCUCGGGCUGACCAGUGGCUAUUUGCAAGAGCCUGUUUCCAGCCUCCGUCAGCCUGUCGGUGUUCUGACCCUCUGAAACUUUGCUUUGCUGGGCAUCUCCCCAUGUUCUCUCUCCUGUACAUAGUGAGCAGUGCUGUGAAGGAUGCCCACUGUGCUUCAGGCACCUGUAGGCCAGAGGGUUGCUGCCUCAGGCAUAAGGUCGGUAUGAAAAGGGGCUGCCUUAGAAAAGCAGGCACAUCCCUUGUUCAGAAAUGGCCACUGUAGAAAGCCUGUGAACCUCCCACCAGUGGCUUUAGGCUGCCAGCCAUGCCCCAUUUCUAGAAUAGCCUUUGCCCUUCCACACGCAACCCUUCCAUCAGUGGCUCCCGGCCUGCAUGGGGAGAGCCUGGCUGCCCAGACACCCACCCUCACUUCUCAUGGCCCGCCUGUGUUUGCAGAUCACUGGGCUGCUCUGUCCCCAGCUUGCCCCUGCCUGGCAUGGCUCUGUGAGAUUCUGUGGAACGCCCUUCUUGACUUGUAGAAAUCCUUCACCAAGUACGAUGGGACGGGAUUCCAAGUAAACGAUGGACCAUCAUAUUGCAAAACAGGCCCACGCCUGGGCUGGCCUUGGUUGAGGGGAUGGAGGAAUGUUUUUGGGGGUGCUUUGCAGGGCAGUGGUGCAGCUGCAGCAUGAACGCUCUUGGACAGCUGAAAACCGUGGCCUCCUUGGGGAUGGCCAGUGCUCCUGGUGUCUCCUCCACCUGACCUGGGCUGUGUAGGAGGCCGGCUGCCAGUGCCCGGGGCUGGGAAACUUUUUUGCUUGGGGCCCAGGCUUGGGUGAGCUCUCCCAGAUGUGUGCCCACUCCACCACUGCCUGGAAGCAUCCUUGUUCUUUGCCAGGAUGCAGGGUCACUGUUGCCUCUGACACAGCAGUUUCUGGGAACUCAGAGGACUGCCUUUCUGAGGGCUAGGGAGAGGCUUUGAGCAAGGAGCUUAUUUUUGCUUAAUCCCUUAAUCCUUCAGGCAUCAAAAAGGGGUUUUGUCUGUCGUUGUCUUUGAGAGCAGCAGUUUGAGGUCUGACUCCUUCAGUUGUCCUGUGAGCUGGGCGUUGCAGUCCGCUUGAAUCAAGUGUUGGAACCCCCCACCCCUCAGCCCAUCGUGAAACGACAGCUGUCAGCCAGGGGGGUGGCUGCUGAGGAGGUGCAGCAGGAAUGGGGCUGGGCCCGUGGGCCGGCCCCAGCUGCCCUCAGGUUUUACUUUCCAAGCCGAUGGCCCCUGGAACAUGCCAGCACACACUGCCAUGUCCUGGGGCUAAGAGCUGCCUUUAGGGACAGGCUCGUGUUGUCCAGUUUGCCCCGAGAGAUGCACCUGACCAGGGGCCCGUCGUGACUGCAACCCACAGUGGUAUGUUAGUGUUUCCAGGCAGUUGUCAGCAGCUGCCGGACAGUGUGUGUGCGACAGCAGGAGAGUUCCUGGAGGAAAGGGACUGGAGACGCUUUCUCAGAGGUUCUCCUGCCUGGAAUCAAGUGACACGUGUCCAGAAGGCAAGAGAGGGCAGCUCCGCCUAGUUCCAGUUUAGGAACAGGAUGGAGCCAACUCCUCUUUCCAGGACUGUGGGCCUCACUCUUUCGCGCUAACACUUUCCCUCCCUCACGUCACUGAGGAAAGAGCUGCUCUGUCUCCUCCAGUGCCCUGGAGGUCCCUGGCCUCCACUGGCUGCCAUGGCAGGGGGCCCUUCUGGCAGGGGCUGCCCUACGCUGCUGUUCCUCCUCCGAACCUUCACCCCAACACCCAGCCCGUGGCCCCUGCAAGGGGGAACCUUGCCAGCUGGGAAACCCAAAGGCCUGUCCAAAUGCGCGCACCAGGACCGAGGGGAGCUCCCUCCCCACACCUGCUGGGAAUUGCCAACUUUUAAAUGGAUGGGGCUUUUCAUGGGUUGAACCUCUGUUCAUACUUUUGUACACUUUCGCUACAGUUUAUAUUUUUAUAGGCUAUUUUCUCAAGGUGUUUCUAGAUUCCACAUAUCUAUUUUAUAUAACAAGUUCUUAUAUGUGACUCCCUUGUAUCUGUGCCAGCCUCAGCCUCCGAGUUGCUCUUCCCUCUGGCCCUGACUCUCACUGACUCACCGAUGUGAUGUGCGGGCCCACUUCUUACCCCAGGUAGCCUCGGGCGCUGCCUGUAGUCAUGCUGACAGCUGUACAGUAGCCGCCAAGACUGCUGACGGCUGGAGACGGUUCUGGUUUCAACUACGGUAUGUCGAUAUCUGAAGUAUUCUAGACGGAUCCUCGGUUGGGUUUUCUAACUAUAUGUUUGUAUUGCACAGAUCCCCACCCGCCAUCCUAUAGUAUUGUCUUCCCGUGUGUUCCGGGGCUUCUGGGCAGCUGGGCCUGCCCGGGGAAGUCCUUGCAGGUGGGAGGCCAUGCAGAGACCCAGUGUGUGCCACUGAGCGUCCCACCGCUGCUGGGCAACUGGAGGACUGCAGGGGGCGCCAGGUGACUCUCUCCUUUUAUAUCACAGCAGCUCCUGUGCUGACCUUCAAGUGACGUUUUGGAACUGUAAUACUAAAGGAAGAAAGCUACUAAUUUGUAUAAUA